UAAACAGAACCAGCUGCGGGGAGCGGAGAGCACAACUGACUAAUCACAGUUACAUGUUCGGCCAGCGCUGGCAAAAGUAGUUUGUUUUGUUUUUUCUUUUCGUGACUGCGUGGCCAAGUUAACGACACGUCGAGGUCGGUUAUCGCACUUCGGGUGUAAUUACUCCUCGUCUUGCCUCAGACCGCUGUCAACUACAGGCAACAGUUACAGCAAGUGUACGGAAUACGAAAGCGGAAGGACUUGUGGUUAGCAUAACGUUAGCAGCUGUACUACUAGUAUGGUAGCUGCUAGCAAGUUAGCUUGUUGCCUUUGCUGUCAUGGCUGAAGUUCUUCGACAUUUCAUUUCGUAAUUGGCCAAGAGCUUGUCUGUUUUCUCACGUCCAGCGUCCAUUUCUACUCUGGUCAAAGCUGAGACCCAGGCGGCUUGGCUUUGGAGACUUGACAGCGGUGAAGUGCAGUCAGGGUUUUUUUUUGCUUUCUAGCGGCGACAAGGGUGUGCUUCAGCAAGCUGGAGUUGAGCUCAGCCUGGGCUUCCUGAUAAGAUGAGCUUACCAUACUGACUUUGUGUGGUAUGUUCGUGCAGCUGUAAUUAUAUUGGGAUUCAUAUCGGUCUGGUGCUAUAAUUUGCACAGUGGGAUAUCUCAACCUCGGUUCUCAACAGGGAGUGUCCUUUCUCCUGCCAGCGAUGCUGACCGACAACAGGAAGCGGCGUCAUAGCUGUGACAGUGAAGACACACAGCUGAAUCCUCAGGCCAAGAGAUCAGGGGGGGUCCAGAGUCUGCUGGUGUCUGAUUUGGGACGAGAUGUCUGGGAUUCAGAGUCAUCCAGCAGUGACAGCAGCGGUGGGAUCAGCAGUCCAGAGAGAGCCAUGUUAGCCAGCACUAGUCUAUGCACACACAGCCGGAGCAACUGCAUUUCCCAGAGCUCCCUCAGCCCCCAGCCUGAAGACUCUGCCAGCUCCUCACUGCAGGGUUUCCAUGGCGACGGCAGCAACGUCUCCUACGACCAUAUCAACAGAGUCCUGAGGGAGGCACACUUCAGCAGUCUGCAGACCAGGGGUCGACCGGGCUCGACAUGACAUCGACCUCUGACCCCUCUCCUGACCUUGGUGUCCCUUGCCCAUCAGUCCUGGCACCACUGGCACAGCGGCUCCUCCUCAAAAGCAUCAAGAGGCACAAUCAGAACAUGGGGGAGGGAAUAAUGCGUGGGGAGGUUUACAGUUUCGGGCAUGAAGGCUCAUCCCCACAUCAUAAUGUACCGUGUGUCGAGACCAUAAGCACAUCCGCCUUUCCAUGGCCCAACCACUGUGGUUCUCUGUGCUGUUUUGAUGUGUGUGUACGUGUGUGUGUGCGCGCACCCCAAGCACUUUAUAAAGGGGUAUCAUUCUCUUUACAUGCGUCUGUUGAUGCGUGGACAUUUUCAUGGGUGCUAAUUACAAGAAACGUGUGUACGAUCCAAAGUGCUCGCAGAACUAAAUAAAGCAAAGCACUUUAUCCAGUAACUCCACAUUCUCCUUAAUCAAGACCUGGCAAGCCAGUUAUGUGUUCAUAUGCAGAAGUCGGAAGUUGUUUGUUUAUGCAUCUAUCUGGUGAUCCCCUUCACAAAGGCAGUCGGAGGCUGACCUGUUCACUCCAAAGGAGCAUUGUUAAAACAAUCCAGUCGAACCAUCUUUCAGGCCUAACCUGUUAUAUCUGACCAAAGUGAUAAGGAGCAGACCUUUGCAGUUGGUUUCAAUAUCAAAGAAAGGCCAGGGUGUAUGGGUGUGGAGAGGCCAGUGGAUUUAAGGUAAUGGAGUAGACUCUUCAUGAGCCUUGCCACCAAAAUCCAACCUCAAAUUAGACUCUGGCUAAUUUUAGAGACCUGUGAGCAAGCACUGGCAUCUGCAGCUCCAGCAGUGGUAUACUCAGCACAGUGCUUCUGACAAUAAACAGGCCCUUAAGAACAGGCUGAUUUGUUUUGUAAUUGUUUACAUCUUUAAACAUUUUUACUUGUCUUAUAGCCUGUGCAGUAUGACCAAUACACUGUGUUGCAAAUCAGAUAAAUCAAGAGUUGUGACAUUAAUAUUGGUGCUUGAUAUUUUAUGUCAUUUUCCAUUUGACAUCAAUAAAUAAAGUUGGGCUUUUGA